CAAAUAACAAAAGCAAAUACACCAACAAACAGCAAAGCGCUCACUCAAUCAUUUGCCAUUCGCUCAGCGUUCGCCAUUAAAGAGCACACUUUGACGCGUAGAGAGCGCAUUUCCGCUCUACAAACGAUUGCGGCAACGAGCACAUCCAACGUUGAGUUUGUGUGUGUGCAUGUCUGUGUAGCGCUUGGGAAUAAUUUCAUUGUGGCCAUUUCAGUUAGUCAUAGAACGUGAAACGAGUAACAUAAAUUGUUUUAGUCGGCGCCAAAAUAUUUCGUUACGCGUUGUCCGCUGCUGCCGCGGUUACUAACAAACUCAGCCGCUAUGAAAUGUGUUUGGUUUUUUUUGGAAAUCAGCGCGUUGUUAUUCGUUUAAGGCAUUAUUUAAUUGUGCUUUCAAAUGAACGCUUUGUGUUUUUGCGUAAACUUAACCAGAAUCGCAAGAGUGUUUCCAAGUAGGCAGUUUGUGGCUCCAAAUGCGCGCGUAAAUUUUAGCUUUUCGAAAAAUGCACUAAUUAAAUCUUUGAAAGAUAAGCGCGAAAGAAAAACAAACAACCAGUGAAUGCUGAUGCAAAUUCUGUGAUAAAAAGUGAGGUAUGCAAACAUACAUACUUCUUUGCGAAAAAGUGAACAAAAGAAAAUUGCGAAAACAUCAGUAAACAUAAGCAAUAAAAGCCCAAAGAAAGCAAAUAAUACUAUUUUGGAGUUAAGCAUUAAAUUAAAAUGAAUUCAAUGUUUAUGUAAAAUGAAAUGGCAAGUUAUUCAUGAAUAAAGCGAUAAAAGGAAGCUUUAACCUUUUCAAAUUAUUUCAUAUUGCAAGUGCAUUUUAAUCGCAUUACUCAACUUUUCGAAUUAACCGAAAAAAAGAUUAAAUUAAAUAAACUCCAAUUGUUCAGUCCACCAAAUCGCCAUUCCGUCACUCCACAAUCCGUUCGUGCAUUGUUUUCGUUCAUACAUAAAUACUUACCACUUACAUACAUACAUGCAUACAUACGUAUGUCGGCGCUGAGUUAUAAAAUAUGCAGCGAUAAAAAUCAUCAACAUUCAACAUUUUUACUCUACUGCUGUUGUCGUGCAUUUUUUCUUGCUCUUCUCAUAUAUUUGUUGUGAUAAAAUCAGAGUGUUUUUUUUUGGUGUGUUAGUGGUGUAGUGCAUGUGACUGACUGCUGUUACAAACACGCUUGCACACACACUCACUCACGCAUCAGUGUUUUGGCGGGGGUGCACGCCCCACUCGCUUGUCACGGCAUUUGUCACUCACUAAGUGUUCAUUAUCGUGCGUUCGUUUAUCGCGAGAGCGUUAGUGAGCGAAUGAGAGAAGCAGAGAGAGACAGUUGAAAUAAAGGGCGCAUUUUGAGCAUGCAUUUGCAUCCACAGCUGGUGCUUAGUGUUGGGUAGCGGUUUAUACAUACUAUGCUUGGUGAUUGUUCCGAAACGACAGACGAGAUGACAGCCGAUAGUAGAGAUUCCAAAGAUCUGAGUCCCACCGACCUAUCAGAUGAUCAACAUCAUUUAGAGAAUGAUGAUCAUCGACACGAAGAGACUGACAUCGAAAUGGAAGACGACACAGGCACAAGAGAAGGCUACGUUCGAAUAUCUACUCCAACUACAAAUCGAAUAUCACCCGUUAUAAGAGUAGAAAAUGAAGUAAGUCGUCCACCGAGUACAAUGGCAUCGAAUGAGUCGAAUUCUACCGAUACAUUUCACACUUAUAACGAAUCGACGGAACGCAAAAUCGAAUUAAAUAUAGAACCUGAGAAACUUCAAGAACAAAACCACAUGAGUAUCGAAUCAACUUCAUCAAAUUCAAAUGGCAAGCGUCCGGUCAGCAGCAGCCCGCAUAAGGACGAACCGGCAGGUAAUGGUACACCACCCGUAUCGUCACCAACAAGCAUAAUGCCAAAGUUACGCUUGAAUGCACUACUGGCUUCAGAUCCAGCCUUGAAGCCGGAUGCAAGAGAUCUUAAAGUUUUACACGAAGAAACGCAAACAAAAAAUCGGCUAGCACAACUGCCACCACCACCGGCGCUUACCAAGCAAGAAGACCUAGAAACGUUGAUGAAUGCGCCUGGGGUAAGUGUGGUGGAACCGGUGCUGAAAACGACUACAGCCGCACCACCACCAGCCACAGCCACAGAAAUUACGCCACGUUUGAAGUUGUUCAUGUGCUUGCCAUGUGGCAUCCACUUUAGCUCGCCAUCAACGUUGGAGGCACAUCAAGCAUACUAUUGCUCGCAUCGCAACAAGGACAUGGAAAGCGAUGGCGCUUCACUCUCCACGGUAAUAGCUGAGAAAAGUGCCGGCAUGAACGCGAACGCCGCCAGCACAUCGGGUGGCACCAGCGGUGCCGGUGCGGGCAACACGAGUGGCGAACCAAACAGUAAAGCCAUUAAGACUGGAAAACAAUAUGCGUGCACACAAUGCUCCUACAGCGCCGACAAGAAGGUCUCCCUGAAUAGACAUAUGCGCAUGCAUCAAACAUCGCCGGCCCAUAGCAGCAACGCGCCACCAUUGAACGGAGCAGCCGCGCUGGAGGAGGGCGUUUCUAGUCAACAAACGGAUCGUUACUGCAGCGAUUGUGAUAUAAGAUUCAAUAAUAUAAAGACGUAUCGCGCGCACAAGUUGCAUUACUGCAGUUCACGUCGUACUGAGGGGCAACUAACACCUAAGCUGGAGGUUAGCACUGCUAAUGCAAUAAAAGCGCCAUCGGGUGCAGCCGCCAUCAGCCCACAGACGCGCACGAAAACACCAACACCGGCUAUGGUCGCUGCUGCCGCUGCGGCGGCUGCUGCUGCGGCCGCAUCUUUGCAAACCACGCCGCCGCAACCAUUUUUGGCAUUGCCCACCAAUCCAAUAUUGAUAAUUCCCUGCUCAUUAAUACGCGCUGCCAGCUGGAUACCAGGACCACUCACCUCAGUAUCGGCGGGCAUUCCACAGCCUGACAACACCUGCUAUAUGUUGGAUAAUGGCAAUUUGAAGCCACUAGCCACGGCUUUGAAUAUGAGCGGACUGAACCCCAGCGUAGCAACAAGUAAUAAUAACUCAGCAGCAGCAGCGGCAGCCUCACAAAUGUCUAAUGUCGAAACGCCGGCGCCACCACGUCAACCUUCGUUGCCCAGCAGUAACAGCGAAACACUGCUGGCCGAAAAGAAUGCUGGAUGUAAUUUGGAGAGAAGUGGAACAUCAACACCAAAGCGAAAAGAGGGGGCACGUGAAUCUACCCCUUUGGACCUCUCGCUACGUCGUUCUCCCACCUCUUACACUAACCUGCAAAGGCAACGUGUACACUCGGCGUCCUCCUACACAGACUCUGAUCAACAACGUAUGGAUAUGGAAACUUUACUGGAGGCGAGUAAGGAGAAUCUGUCAAUGGACGAAAGUGGCACAGUCACACCGGAACAGAUCGUUUGCGCACCUUCACUACCGAACAGCCCUUCAAUGAGUCCUUCACCGAAGCGACGCGCAAUCAGCCCACGUAGUUCUGGGGCUGGCAGCACAUCUUCCAUGUCACCACCUGUAAAUGUUUCGACCGCGUCUUUGGUGGCAGCCGCCGCUGCCGGUAAUAUGCUUGAUUUACCAUUACGUUCCAUGUUACCCGCCGAUCUGGCGCUGAAACUGUCCGAAACAAAUAUAAUGAAUCCACUGCUUGCCAAGCAAAAUCUCGAACUGGCUUUCAAACUCUCUGCUGCAGCAGCGGCUGCGGUAAAUAAUAACUCACCAACUGGUAGUGGUUCGACAACCGCCGAUUUGGCAGCAGCCGCCGUGGCAAAAUCUUCACUGCUCGGUUUGCCGGUUUUAGGAAGCGCGACGACUGGAGGUAAUAGCAGCAAUAUAGGCGGACCAAACAGUGCAGUGCAACCGCAGAUUUAUGUCAAGCAAGGUGUUUCCAAGUGUAAAGAAUGCAAUAUUGUAUUUUGCAAAUAUGAAAAUUAUCUGGCGCAUAAGCAGCAUUAUUGCUCAUCGCGCUCCCAGGAUAGUGGAGACGGUGAGGCGAAAGUAACAAACACAUCUCCGAUUGGAGUUAGUGCGGCUGCCAGCGGUGUAGAGACUGCGCCAGUUGCAUAUCAGCAGCUAAUUUGCGCGGCCUGUGGCAUCAAGUACACAUCUUUAGAUAAUUUACGAGCUCAUCAAAACUAUUACUGCCCCAAAGGAGGUGGCACAGCUGGAGCAGCUGCAGUGGCGGCUGCAGCAGCGGCAGCCGAAGCUGCGCAGUUACCAUUGACCAAGGAUAAGUGCGGCAAAUGCAAGACGGUGCAUGAAAUAGGGCUGCCAUGCCCACCACCGCCGGCACUGCAACAAUCUCAUAGUGGAGCGCAACAUAUGUCUAGCGCUACAAAUGUUAACAUGACAGCGGCAUCGGCGAUUGCGGUACCCAAUCAUAAUGUCUAUAAGUGCCCCGUUUGCGAUGUUGUUAGUUUGACAGCCACAGAGAAUAGGAAGCAUAUGGAGACGCAUGGCACAGUAAAGGCAUUCCGUUGCACUAUCUGCUGCUACAAGGGCAACACGUUACGCGGUAUGCGCACACACAUUCGUAUGCAUUUCGAUAAGAAGGCGACCGACAUCAAUGAGGAGCAGUACAUGACUUGCAUACUGGAGGAUGAGGGCAUGGAAAUUCCCAGCAUUGCCUCUACGCUAAACCAAGAGCAAUUAGCACAACAAAUAGCUGCUGUACAACAACAGCAACAGCAGUUGCAACUUCAAGCACAGCAACAGCAACAGCAGCAGCAACAACAACAGCAGCAGCAAAUAUACAAUUGCGAUUUGUGCAAUUACUCUUCCUCCUACAAGGGCAAUGUGCUGCGUCAUAUGAAACUUGUACAUCCUCAUAUCAACAUCAACUCACCAUCGAUUUCACCUGAAGCUAAUGAUUUAGAUGCCAGCGAUGGGGCAUGUUUGAAUGGCGAGAAUGGAAAUUUCACCAUAAAAACGGAACCACUCGAGCAGGCUGCCAAUGCAAGUCUACCAAAUUCAGCACAAAUAUUAGACAACAACAACUCAAGAAUAUUGGCUUCCACCUUGACGGCACCACCACCUCUAAAUAGCUUGAAUGAGGAACAAAUGCCACAUAUAAAAACCGAACCGUUAGAAAUUGGAGGCGAAUCAUCACUACCAGCAACCACACCACUACCAGCACUAAGCUCACCAUCCAUUGGACCACCACCACCACUCAAUGCUGCCACCGACGAGAAUACCACCGCUGCCGCGAACCAAAAAUACUGUCAAACUUGCGACAUCUCCUUCAACUAUUUGAAAACUUAUUUGGCGCACAAGCAAUACUAUUGCAAGAAUAAAUUAAGACACCCCGAAGCCAACGAUAGCCCCAGUCCCAAUGCUGGACUCAUGCCAAUGUCGGUGGCAUCGCCCAAUUCGUUGCUGCUGUUGCAGAAGAACAAGGAGAACUUGCAGCAGGAGGCAGCCAUUUGAUAGAAUGAAAUGUGGCAAGCGCGAAAGCAGUGGGAGUGGUAUUACAAGUGCUUUUGAAGCAGCGCGAAGUGCAGAGUGUGCAGCAAGAGGAGUAGGCGAAUGAAAACUUUUGAAAAAAACACAACAAAAAUUAUAUAUGAAAAUUUAACAUUUAAAGCAAAGUUAUGAAACGUGCAGUAUUCGACUUGAAUCUCUGUAGAUGGAAAUAUUUGAAUUGAAAAAAAAGGAACAUUUUUGGAUAAUCUAUUAGAAAAUAGUUGUAUGUAGAUAAAGGUGCUUUUGAAGGCGCGCGAUUUUCUCUUAAGUAUGUAUGUAAUAUAAAAAAUAUGUAAAAUAUGUGGUCACAAAUCAAUUAUCGAUAUAAUCAUGACUUAAUAUGCAUGCCAAAGUUAAUUAUUAAAAUUAUAGUAAUAAAAAAUGAAGUAAAAGCAAACAAGAAAUGCAAACGCAUGUGUUAAUGUGUAAAUAUAUGUAUGUAUAUGUAUGUAGAAAUACGUUAUUAUUCAAGCCAAUUCGAAUGUUUUUAAUUUAAACACAUACAUGCAUAUGCCUGUGUGUGUAUUUAGUUACUUACAACUUUGGGAAAUGCAAUUUUUCAAAACAUUUUACUGCUAAUUUUAUGCAUUCUAUUUGUUUUAGUUGAUUCAUACAUACAUGUAAAUGUUGAUAAAAAUGAAAUUAUAAAUUUUGUAAUUAAGCGAAAAAUAGUUUUCCGUUCUCCACCUCUUUGUAUAUACAUAAAUAUAUUUGCGGUACUUAAGGUCAACUAAAUUUUCUGAACUUACGCAUGAUCUGCACAAAAACAAAAGAAUUAUAUAUAAAAAACUGUUAAUAUAAUUAUAAAUGUUUAAAAUAAAAAAUUAAAUAUAAAAAGAAAACAAUUUCAAGGAACUUAGUGUAUUCCAGGUAAGCCCAUUUGCAGGAUUGCGCAUACAUAUAUACGCACGUAUAUAUAUAUACAUAUAUUUCUCUAUAUAUAUACAUACAUGUACAUGUGUGUGUGUGUGUGUAUGCGCAUGCGACUGCAAUAGAUAUUUAACUAUAAGCACAUACAAGUUUACUUAGGUAUGAGACAAUAAUUAUUUAUUUAAAAUGCAAACAUAUACAUGGUACGUAUGUGUGUAUGUAUGUAUGCAAGUAGAUAUCGAACCUUAAUAUUGAAUAAAUCUGUAUUUACUUACAUAUACACAAAACUCAAUGAUUUAUCUCAGUGCAUAUGCGCAUACGAGUAUGUGGGUGCGUGUGUACGUAUUUGCGAGUAAAAUUUACCUUCUAAUUAAGUUUAUUGAAAAAUUGUACCAUUACUGCGUCAAGUGUUUUCCUUGAGCUAAUACAUACAUAAUCAAUACAUACAUCCAUUAUGAAAUAAUAAAGUG